GUUUACAACUUCGAUAGGACUGGUCAUUCCAUCUCGAUAGUUCCUAAUCGAGAUUUAUCUUAUCUUCAGGCUUCGAUUAAUAAUUAAAGAGCUCGUAUAAAUAAGAAAACGCGGUUAUUUUCAUCAGGAUCGCUCCGAGCACUGGCUCAACAGGGACGUUUGAGUGAAAAUUUGUUUCUUCUGUGAACACAACCUAAACUCGAAAAGAUGGCUCCUAAGGUGGAAAAAUUGCCGAUACGCUCCUUUGGAGUUGGAGAGGGUCCUCAUUGGGACAUCGAAAGGCAAUCGCUUUACCUAAUCGAUACUGUGGGAGUGGCCAUCGCGAGGUACGACUUAGCCACCAACAAAUCCUACAUUGCUAAAUUAGAUCUUUCUGCUCUCAACUUCAUAAUACCAGUAGCUGGUUCCAAAGAGAAAUUCGUCAUAGGAUCCGGGCAUAGGCUCUACAUCAUUAGUUGGGAUGGCCUGUCUGAUAAAAUCGAUUCGAUUGAAGUCCUCCAUGAACUUACUGAUGUUCUUGAUAAAAACGGAAUCAACGAUGCAAAAUGUGAUGCCUCAGGACGUCUCUGGUUCGGUACGUUAGACAUGGAUUCUAUAAAAUAUGGACAUGAAAUAACUCCAACUGGUAAAAUCUACAGCUAUUCGAAGGAAGAAGGAUGCCGCGAACAAGCUUCUGGAAUCUACCUAAGCAACGGGAUCGUUUGGGAUGCAGAAGGAAAGAAGAUGUAUUAUAAUGACACUUAUGCAUUUUCUGUUGACAGUUUCGACUGCAAUAGUGAUGGCACGAUUGGAAAUCGUAAAGUGAUAUUUAAUUUCAAAGAAAAUAACAUCAAAGCUCCUUUGCCAGAUGGUUUGACAAUCGAUAAGGAUGGUAAACUGUGGAUAGCUCUAUUUGGAAAUUCUGAGGUACUCAGAAUCGAUCCCGAAACUAGAAAAAUACUGGAAAGAGUGGCAAUUCCAGCUGCUGAAGUAACUUCAUUAGCUUGGGGAGGUCCGAAUCUGGAAGACCUAUACGUCACCACAGGGAACAUACACCCAGAAGAAGGUCUUCCUUUUCAAGGAGGGGAUAUCAUUGGACCUGAUGAUGGCUGUACUUUUCGGAUCUCUGGUUUAUCAACAUCUGGCUUACCAAUGGUUCCUUUCAAGUUGUAAUUUAAUAAAAAAUAUAAAAGAAAAAUAAAUGUUGUUACUAUUUUCUACCAUUCUCAAAUUAGA